GUUUCUAUGCGAUUCGGAGCGGGACCGUUGAAAUUAUGAAAACAGCGACCACCAAACAUUUUGGGUUGUUCGCGAAUAUAAGUGGUAAAUGCUAAACCCCAUUUCAUUUAUGGAUAUGACAAAAACGAAUAAUUUGUACGGAAUUAGCCAGCUAGCUAGGAAGCUACCUGUUGGACAGUGAACCGUUCCAACAGUUCGACGUUAGCUAACUAUAACUAUGUAAGUUAACUAACUAGUACUGUACAGUAACUAACAGUUAAUACAACCACAGACAAGGAGCUAGUUACCCGUAUAUGUCGUGCAACAGUCGACGUUAACUGUCCUUGAACUCUUGAGUUCGCUAAUCCUUAAUCUUAAUCUCUAAUACUAAAAUUAUAUGCUAGUAGUUAGCUGGCAAAAGCAGAUCACUACUUGUUUGACAAAAGCGAGGUAGUUAACGUUAUCUAGCUUCAAAAUGCCUCCGAAGAAGCAGAAAAACCCGUCGGUGAACAUCUCCAGCUCGCUAGAGGAGUCGGAAGAAUUCAGUCUGGAGACCACGGUGCCCACGGAAGACAUCUCGUCAUCAGACGAACGAGACCGCACCGGGACCCAGAAAGUCACCCGACAGCUCAUCGAGAGGAAGGAGCUACUGCACAACCUUCAGCUGUUGAAAAUAGAGAUGUCGCAGAAAAAUCUCAUCAUAGAUAACAUGAAAGUGGACCACUUGACAAAGACGGAGGAGCUGGAGGAGAGACUGAACGUUGCUCUAUACCAGAAACAAGUCCUGGCUCUGAGACUGGACUCACAGCUGCAACUCACCCAGGAUGAGAGCAG